AGCGAGUCGGUCUUAGCAAGGCGACCUGCUCUGUACUUGUAAGAACUCCAACAAGGGGCACUACUGUUUAAUACAGUAGAAGAAACCAGCCAAAGAAUGAACAUCUAUUUUCAUCCUAGUUUCAUAAGAACACCAUGCAGCCACUCAAGCUUUCAUAUGUGACCAGAAAAUUACACAUACCUUCCCUCGUCCUUGCUCUUGUGCUGCUCAUCGGCUUGCCCUCUACCACCAGAUCCUGCAACCAGCAGGAGAAGACCUCCCUUUUCCAGUUCCUCGCCGAGCUCACACAGGAUGGUGAUCUCGCCACGUCCUGGCACAACAACAAGGACUGUUGCACAUGGGAAGGGAUCACCUGUAACAUGGAUGGGAGGGUUACGGCAGUCUCGCUGGCUUCCAGGAGUCUUCAGGGCCACAUUUCACCUUUUCUUGGUAACCUCACCGAAUUACUGCACAUCAACCUGUCAAACAAUCUGCUGUCUGGUGGACUGCCGAAGGAGCUGGUGUCUUCUGGCAGCAUAAUCGUCAUCGACAUCAGCUUUAACCGCCUGGAUGGAGAACUGCAGUUAUCCUCUUCCACCGCUUACCAGCCACUGAAGGUACUGAACAUCUCCAGCAAUUUGUUUACAGGGCAGUUUCCAUCCUCCUCCACAUGGGAGGUGCUGAAAAACCUGGUUGCACUCAAUGCUAGCAACAAUAGCUUCACUGGGCAGCUACCAACUCAUUUCUGUACCAGCUCGCCGUCCUUGGCUAUUCUUGAACUCAGUUACAACCAAUUCAGUGGGAACAUUCCCCCUGGACUUGGUCGUUGCUCUAUGUUAAGAGUGCUCAAGAUUGGUCAUAACAGCCUCAGCGGGACUCUUCCAGGCGAACUCUUCGAUGCUACCUCGCUGGAGUUACUCUCUUUUCCCAGGAACGAUUUACAAGGGACACUGGAAGGCCAAAAUUUUGUCAAACUCAGUAACCUAGCUGCCCUUGAUCUGGGAGAGAACAACUUCAGUGGCAAGAUUCCAGAGUCUAUAGGCAACCUGAGGAGAUUAAAAGAACUCUAUUUGAAUGAUAACAACAUGUAUGGGGAGCUACCGUCAACUCUGACCAACUGCACAGAUCUCAUAAUCAUCGGACUCAAGUGCAACAAUUUCAGUGGAGAACUCGCCAAGGUCAAUUUCUCCAACCUAGCCAAAUUGAAAACUUUAGAUCUCAUGCAGAACAGGUUCAGUGGAAAAAUUCCAGAAAGCAUUUACUCAUGCAGCAAUCUAAAUGCACUGCGACUAUCUUCAAAUAACUUCCAUGGACAGUUAGCAAAAGGACUAGACAAACUGAAGUCCCUCUCCUUCCUGUCAAUUGGUAAAAACAGUCUCACAAAUAUAACAAAUGCACUUCAGAUUCUUAGAAGCUCCAAGAACCUCACUACAAUUCUUAUUGGGCACAACUUCAUCCAUGAGCCCAUGCCAGAGGAUGACAUAAUUGAUGGUUUUGAGAAUCUUCGGGUUCUUGCCAUAAAUGAUUGCUCAUUAUCUGGACAAAUACCUCAGUGGUUAUCAAAGCUCAAAUAUUUGGGGAUAUUAUUUCUACACAACAAUCGAUUAGCUGGACCAAUACCUGACUGGAUCAGUAGCCUAAAUUCCCUUUUCUAUAUAGACAUAUCAAACAACAGCCUUACAGGAGAAAUCCCAGCAGCCUUAAUGCAGAUGCCAAUGCUAAAAUCAGGCAAAACGGCACCAGAGGUCUUUGAGUUGCCGGUUUAUUACAAGGGCCUACAACUACAAUACCUUACGCCCGGUGCUUUUCCUAAAGUGCUGAAUUUAGGCAUGAAUAACUUCACUGGUGUGAUCCCUGAGGAGAUCGGCCAAUUACAGGCACUCCUUUCGCUCAAUUUAAGCUCCAACAAAUUAUCUGGCGAGAUCCCACAAUCGAUUUGUACCCUCAUGAGCCUACAGGUGCUUGACUUGUCCAACAAUCAUCUCAACGGUACAAUUCCAGACGCACUGAAUAAUCUACACUUCCUUUCUAAAUUCAACAUCUCUAAUAAUGACCUAGAAGGCCAUAUUCCAACGAGGGGGCAGCUUGGCACAUUUCCAGAAUCUAGCUUUGAUGGAAACCCAAAAUUGUGUGGCCCUAUGGUUGAAAACCAUUGCGGUUCAGCAGAAGCACGUCCAGUCUCCAUUGUCUCCACAAAACAAAGUGGCAGUAAGGUCAUCUUUGCAAUCACCUUUGGUGUUUUCUUUGGACUAGGAGUGCUAUAUGAUCAGAUAGUCUUGUCCAGAUAUUUUGGCUAAACCUACUUCAGUUGGAGUGGGACAUAAUAUUGUGCCCUGCCUUGUAGUAUGCAACAGAGGCUGAGGCUAGCAGCAAACAUCUACUCCCUCCGUCUGGAAAUAAGUGACUUGGAUUUGAAUCUAUACAAAUCCAAGUCACUUAUUUCCAGACGGAGGGAGUACAAUCUUUCUAAUUGUCACUUAUCAUCAUUCCAAACCAUGAUGUGAUCUCACUUCAGCAAAACUCAGUCUCUCUGGAAGCAGUGUUUUAUCAACAACAUUCGGUCUUGACUCCCAUUUCCAGACACUAGAAUUGGAAGGAAUUGAAACGGUGGACCAACUGCCAGAUAGGUAGAAAGUAGAAACAAUCUGGAACUAUGUAAUCUGAAAAUGAUUGGAAGGCGAGGAACUUCAGUGAUAUGAAAAAUGAUUUUUGGAGAAUGUGCGGUUAUUUGUUAACAUUUAUGUGGAAUAGCGAAAUUGUUAUGGACACCAAUGCACAGCCAUGGUUUCACUGCGUGUAACUUGUAAUUUAGCAUGAUAACAUGCACAUUGAUAUUUUAGAGCUGUACCAAAUAA